AUGCAACGAAAUCUCACAUCAAAUCAUGAGUUCCACAUUCUCGCAUUUUCCAACUAUACUGGACUGCAGUUUCCGCUUGCCUUUUGGGUGCUAUUGAUGUACCUCUUUUCUAUGUUUGGAAAUCUCAUUAUCACCGGCCUUGUAUGCCUUGUGUCAAUAUUACAUACACCAAUGUACUUUUUUCUGUGCAACCUCUCAGUCCAGGACAUCGUGUAUGUGUCUGCAAUCCUGCCGAAGCUGCUGGCCAUCACAAUAACAGGCGACAGCAGAAUUCUUUUCUCUGGAUGUAUAACCCAAAUGUUUUUAUUUGUAUCUUGUGUGAUAACGGAAUUUCUGCUGCUGACCGCUAUGGCUUAUGAUCGCUAUGUUGCCAUUUGUAUUCCACUACAGUAUGUCAUCAUAAUGAAUAAGAACACGUGUGCUCUACUAGCCACUGCUUGCUGGCUAGUUAGUUCCUUUACUUCUCUAAAGUACGCUAUACUAGUCUCCAAUCUGUCAUUCUGCUGUUCUCAAGAAAUAAAUCAUUUCUUCUGUGACAUGAAAACUAUGAUGAGACUUUCCUGCAGCGACACCACAAUCAUUCAUAAGGUAAUGUUCACGGAGGCUGUGCUUUUGGGGAUUCUUCCAUUCCUACUUAUCCUGACCUCCUAUGUGUACAUAUCAUCUGCCAUCCUAAAGAUUCAUAGCUUAGCUGGGCGAGCUAAAGCUUUCUCCAGCUGCUCCUCACAUAUGACUGUUGUUAUUGUAUUCUUUGGGACAACUAUUAUUGUGUACCUGAAACCAGAUACUGGGCAAAUGGAGGAGCAAGAAAAGCUGUUCUCUAUGUUAUAUAUUGCAGUCGUUCCAGCUUUAAACCCACUAGUGUAUAGCAUGAGAAACAAAGAUGUCAUAGGCUCCAUUAGAAAACUCUUUGGAAAGACCAUGUAUAAGCUCUGA